AUGGAAUCGCAAUCAAUACAUGAAAUUGAAUCUGUCGAAUCUAAUGGCCUUCUCUUCGAACCAGUAGUGGCAUUACCUAAUGAAUUGCAAGACAAUGUCAAAGUUUCAAAUUUUGCAAAUCUGUUGGCACAAGAUUUCAAAGGAUUUAACCCGGUAGGUUUCAACUUAGGUGAAUCCAAUAACAUGCUCAAUGUUAUUGGACAAGAUAUGGAAGAUUUUACCACUUGGAAUAUCCUUCGGGCUCAUUUACGUAGGGUUUCAAUUAUUUUCUUAUUUUCAAUUUAUGGAAUUUUGAAUUCAAUUUAUUGGUCAAUUAAGGACAUAUUAUCAACUUUCAUAGCCAUAUUGUAUGUAGAAUGGUAUGAUUCUUCUUGGUAUUCAGUAAUGUUUAUUGUUUACAAUGCAAUGUAUCGGUAUUUUCAACUUGAAAUUCUUAAUUUUUCACCAACUAAGUACCAAGAUGCUUUCCCUCAGAAAGUUAAACCAUCUUCAAUUGGAGUUAUAUUUGAUAUUGAAAAGUUCAAUAUUAAACCACCAAAUGAAAUUCCACAACCAUAUCUUGGAAGUGAUAAAAAAAUCCAUGUACCUGGUAAACGAGAUAUUCAAGUUGCAUUAUCAUUGAAAAAUGAAUAUUUAACAAAGGAAAGAAUCCAUAUUGCUGCUGAACAAAUUAGGGUUUUAAAUGAGAUAACUAAAUUUGUAUUAUGGAGUUGUUUAUUAAAAGUAGACUACAUUACAAUCUAUGAGCGAACAGGUAUAUUAUGGUCUACACUGCUUGAAGAAAUUCAUAAUUCUAUUUCAGUAGAAUUAAGUACAUUUUCACCAUCUCCUAUUAGUAUAAAUUCUAUAUCUAAAUUUCCUAAAAUUAUCUUAAUUGAUUGUUUUACAUUAGAAAGAUUUGAUAUUUCAUCUAUAAACUCGGAAUCAAUGGAUCAUUCUAAAGAAUUAAUUAUUUACAUAUCUGAUGAAAGAUUAAGAGUUCAACCAUUUAAUUUUAAAAAGAUAAUUGAAGAUGAAAGAUUUUCAAAUAUUAGAUUCCCUCCAAAUCCUGAUAUUUUAUUAUUUGCAAAUACUCAUAACCAGAUCCUACCAUGUAAUACUAAAGGAUUUUUAACUUGUGGAGGUCCAGAAUCAUUCUAUUUUGCAUCCAAAUUGAGAUUUGGAUUCAGAUUCUUCACAAAAUCUUUAUAUUUCUAUGUAAGGCAAGUUGAUUUAAAGUUAUCUUUAUUUGAGCAGAGUGAUACUUCUUCUCUAAGUACUUCAAACUAUCUUAAUGCUUUUUGGAGAAGAUUUAAUAACUUAAGAUUCUUUGAUUUAAAUUCAAGUAAAGAAACAGUUGAGACGACAGAUCCAAUUUUGUGUCAUGAGGCGGAAUAUCAAAAUAAAAAUUGA